AUGCACGCCGAUCCUCUUUACACUGCCAGAAAGGAUUUUUCUGCCGGUGUCGUCUGGAAGAAGAUUCGUGGGGUGGACACCCUUGUGGUCAACAAUGGGGCCGAUGGUCCAGUUGACAUUGCUCACCCUGUAUUAGUGGGGAGAGUAUCUGACGACAGACCGUGGUUGGAACCGCACGGUAGCUUCAAUCCUAAGUACGAUCCCGAGAAGGCCAUCAAACAGGCUAAGCUGGCUAUCACCGUUGUCAGCCCCAUUGGGGAUCCUGAUUUUGAAGUCGAUUUUACGCCGUCUAUAAAUUCGCUGAUAAAUGUGCAGAAAGCCAUUGCCACUUCUAAUAUGCAUCAGCAUUUGUUGAUAUCAAUUGGCGAAGGAACAGGCAUUCGCUUGAACUUCCCUAUCUGGGAAAAGAAGACUGAACAAAACAAAGAUGGAGGGGCAGAACGUUUUACCAAAUCGUAUGCGGUCAAUGAUGAAUGCGAGCCUUGGUUUACGACUAUGAAGGAGAAACACUACAUUAAACAAUUCCCACUGUACGAUUCAAAGGACGACUUGAUUCAGGACAUCUCAGUCCUUGAGGAUAAACUGGUGGGGGCUUUAGUAGAGGUUACUUUCUCUCUCAAGCAUUACUACAUCACCUCUAAGACCGAUAAGCCCAAUGAUACGUUCACAGCCAUCAUAGAAAACAUCACAAUCCUCAAACCCCCUCCGACAGUCUCACACGGGCCAUACAGAUCAUUGUUAUCACCCAAGAAGAAGCCGGCGCGAAGAAUUCAAACACCUCUGGGCAUUUCAACUAGGGGCAAGCAGAUCAAUGCUGCCAAAUCUUUUAUACCAGUACCUCAGCCCAUUUUCACACCGAAAGGAACUGCUAUAAAUCCUUCGGGAUCCGCGUCUUCGACGGCUUCUUCCAGCUCGUCUCACACUUUGGAUGAUUCCCAACAAGAAGGGGAUGAGAACGAUGAUGAAGGCCGCCAACAAUCCCCCAAGAGACCUCGACUGGUCUGA